AUGGGCAUCCAGCAACACCGUCGCUGGGAGGUGGCGCCGCCAGAUUCCGACGACCGGAGACUCCAACCGGGAAACCCAACGACGCCAUGGAACUCUAGGCUGCGGCAGCUAUCAAAGCAACGCCAAUACACAGAAGCACUCACACUGUACCGCAACAUGCUUCGCUCCUUCUUCUUCCCCAACACCUUCACCUUCCCUUUCCUCCUCAAAUCCUGUGCCCUCCUCUUCCUUCCUCUCACUGGGUCCCAGCUCCAUGCCCACGUCAUCCGAACCGGGUGCCAACCCGACCCGUAUAUCCGCACCUCCCUCAUAUCAAUGUAUUGUAAGUGCUCACUCCUUCACCUUGCACGCAAAGUGUUCGACGAAAAUCCCCCCUGGAAAAACCUGACCAUUUGUUACAAUGCUUUGAUUUCUGGGUACUCCUUCAACUCCAAGGUCGUUGACGCCGUUUCGUUGUUCCGCCGAAUGCGGAGAGAGGAGGGGUUGGCUGUUAACUCCGUCACCAUGUUGGGUUUGGUUUCUGGGUGUACGGUCCCUACCCAUUUGAGCAUUGGUAUUUGCCUUCAUGGUUGUGGCGUUAAGUUUGGGUUUUGUGAUGAUUUGUCUGUUGCGAAUAGUUUGGUCACCAUGUAUGUUAAAUGUGGAGAGGUUGAACGUGCGCGCCAACUGUUUGAUGAUAUGCCCGUGAAGGAUUUGAUUACGUGGAAUGCUAUGGUUUCUGGGUAUGCGCAAAAUGGGCAUGCUAGACAUGUUUUGGAGCUUUAUAAUAACAUGAAGUUGACUGGGAUAAGUCCUGACCCUGUUACCCUUCUUGGGGUUCUGUCAUCUUGUGCAAACCUUGGUGCACAGAGCAUUGGUCGUGAGGUGGAACGGCAGAUAGAGCGCUGUGGGUUUUGUUCCAAUCCGUUUUUAACGAAUGCCCUUAUCAAUAUGUAUGCUAGGAGUGGUAAUUUGGUGCGGGCUCGUGCCAUUUUUGAUUGCAUGGUUGACAAGAGUGUUGUUUCAUGGACAGCUAUAAUUGGUGGAUAUGGAAUCCAUGGACACGGAGAAAUUGCAGUGGAUCUUUUUGAUGAGAUGGUUAAGUCAGGCAUCAGGCCGGAUGAAACGGUUUUUGUGACUGUUCUUUCUGCAUGUAGCCAUGCAGGAUUGACUGAUAAGGGAUUGGAAUAUUUUGAUGACAUGGAGAUGAAGUAUGGUUUGCAGCGUGGUCCAGAGCACUACUCUUGCUUGGUGGAUCUUUUAGGCCGGGCAGGUAGAUUGAAGGAAGCUAUGGAUCUCAUAAAGUCCAUUAAGGUAAAACCUGAUGGUGCUGUUUGGGGAGCCCUUCUAGGUUCUUGCAAGAUACAUAAAAAUGUAGAGCUGGCAGAGUUGGCCUUUGAUCAUAUCAUUGAGCUUGAACCCACAAAUAUAGGUUACUAUGUUUUGUUAUCAAAUAUAUACUCCGAUGCUAAAAACUUAAAGGGGGUUUUAAAAGUUCGUGUCAUGAUGAGGGAGCGAAAACUUAAAAAGGAUCCAGGAUGCAGCUAUGUAGAAUAUAAAGGAAAAGUGCACCUUUUUUACUCGGGGGAUAGAAGUCAUCCCCAAAUAAAGGAAAUAUAUAGAAUGUUAGAUGAAUUGGAAAAUCUUCUGAAGGAGAUUCAUCAACCAGAUAAGAAAUAUCAAGGAAAGAGUGAAGAAAUCUUAAUUGGUACUGGGGUGCACAGUGAAAAAUUGGCAAUUGCAUUUGGUCUAUUAAACACUAGGUCUGGAACAGAGAUUACUGUCAUGAAAAACCUGAGAGUGUGUGAGGAUUGUCAUUUAUUUAUUAAGUUGGUUAGCAAGAUUGUCAAUAGACAAUUUAUUGUUAGAGAUGCCACUCGCUUUCACCAUUUCAGAGAUGGAAUCUGUACUUGCAAGGACUACUGGUAAAACCAAUACAGCACUAUUUCUGAAACUUUGGCUUUCGAUAGAGCACAAUGAUGUCCAUCCCACCUAGUUGAUUGUUGGUAUUGGUGAGUGAGGAGGACUGAGAAGAAUGCAUCCCUGUUGGGAAAUUCUGGAAAAUAUGCAUGACACAGUCCUUUAGAAAAAAUGAAAAAGAAGAAAAAGAAAGAACUUUGAAUUCUCUCAACACGGGAAAGGAAGAGUGGGACCAUGACACGGGAUAUGCAAUUUUUACUGAAAGGUAUAAGGCAUCCAUCAUCUGCUGACACUAACAGAAGAUAAAGAAGAAAGCUAGCUACCUGGCAAAGUACAAUCAAUGCUGUGUCUGGCAUCCAUCAGUUUUGUGCAAUUUUUUGUGGAAUUCUGGAAGAUAGAAUUCAUUCGGAUUUAAAAGCUAUUUUAAUUAUUUACUCCCGAUCCACAUCUUUCUUUUAGAAGUAUACUCCAAAGGAAAGGGUGACCAACCUUUCUACCCUUCCCUCCACAAAUACCUCCUAUCCCUUGCCAGUUGCCCAAUUAAUGUUGAAAAUAGAAAAUUCAAAAGAUGUUUUCCAGCAUGUUUAUAGAUGAGACUUCAGGCUUCUGACUAUCAAGUAUCAACACUAUCGUGGUACAACACAACAAAUAAUCGGUUUUAAUAAGAAGCUUGCUUUUGAUAGUUCUGUCUUGUCAAUCUGCAAUGACUUAAUUGUUUCUUACCCGUUUUAUGCCCUCUUAUUUCUACUUAACCUCAGAGGCGGAUGUAGAAGAUAGGAACCAAAAAGUAUUGCCAGGUUUAUGGUUGGAGAUCAAAUAGUUCUUAGAGUAAUGAAGGACAAAUUGUCAGUGCAGGGGAUACUUUUGUUGUACAGUACUUACCAUACCAAUUUCG